AUGACGACUAUACCUGCUCGAUUAGCCAGAUUGGCAAGUCCACCUGCGAGUUUAGAAGAGGCUAGGAGAAGGACUAUUAACGCUUAUAGAGCUUGGUAUAGAUCAGCUCCAGAAAUAGUAACCCUGUACUCACUCAACAUUUCCCCUUCAAUGAUCAGACUUAAAAAAAGACAAGAUUUCGAACGUAAUAGAGAUAUCACAGAUUUAUCCAUUAUAAACAUCCUUUUACAAAAGAAUCAACAAGAGUUUCAAGAGACUAUGAAUUGUUGGAAGCAGGAGCCUCAUAUCAUGCACUGGUUCAAAACUUACUCCGACCCUCCCGCCCCUCAAACAUUUCUCGAUAAAUUCUAUGCGGGACGAGAUGAUCCUAAACAGAUCGCUUCGUUUUAG